AUGCAACAGAAGGGAGCGGAGCGAGAGAUGAAAGUAUGCCACACCCAGCCUCACCUGGUUCCCCCGAUGAAGCUGGCCGACGAUCCACCCAGCUCGUCUCGGCCAUCAUGGGUUGUCGACGGCCGUAAUCUCGCAUCACGAGCAUCUAGCCGGGCUAGCAUGUCGUUCAGGAGGAAGUCGAUGGCGACGACAUCGUUGAGAAUCAGUGCCCCGUCCGAGUUCAGACGAGUUCCUACGUUUUCCAUGACACCGGAGAGGGCCUCGUUCUGCCCCCUGGAGCUGUCUUUAGGACACUUGCCGGAGCUUCCCAACUUCGAGGACUUCUAUCUGGAGGACGACCAGUCUCAGUCUCCUGUUCCUGUGACUCGACCUCCAAGGGCCGAGCUCUCAAGACACUCACGCUCUCGGUCCCAUCGUGCUUCUUCAACUUAUCACCUGCAGCGGAAGCCUGUCGGGUCUGGAUCUCUUCGUUCAUCGCUGGCGACAUUUGAUCAUCUCAUUCAGAUGCCUCCUCCCGUUCCUUCUAAUUCUCAUGUUCCCCAAUUAUCUUCUGCUUCUACAGUCACUGGCCUGACUUUGAACAAUUUUGCACCCCCGCAGCAGCUGGACCCGACUCCGCCGGUAAAGGAAGAGUCUAUCAGGGACCCUCCAAGCAAACCCCCCAGCGUCCCUAGAACGCCCACCCUGCAGGACAGGCCAUUAACUUCAUUCCUGGUCGACGAUUCAUCCUCCGCACCGUCAACGCCUAGGGAGGCUUAUCCCCCAAGGACCCCAUCGGAGACCACGACCAGCCCUAACGUGAAUACCACCACCCCACCGCGCUCCAGCCGCGUCACCCAGUGGCUGCUGCAAACCAGUAAUAGAAGCAUGUUCUCGCCCUCCGGACCUCUUAAUAGCUGGAAACCCACCCCUGACAAGAACCCCUUCCGUCUGCGUUCCCGCACUCUCAGCGGCUCAACCGUAGCAUCCUCCAUCAGCAGCCUAACCGGCAGCUUAGGAUUCAAAAACGCCACCCCUUCAGAGUCUGACAACAUGACCGCCACCACCAUUCGGCCGUCGAACAUGGAUUCUCGCCUCGCCAAAGACCUGGAGUUUCCUCUUCCUGCAACCAAUAUAGGCGAGCAUCAAACCCGAAACCACAACCUCAAUUACAACGUAUACCCCACAACCAAUGAGAGCCAAGGCCAGCAACAACAGCAGGAUGAAGAACUCUUCCCCUACAACUACUAUGAGAACUAUCGGCAUUCAGCCGUGGGUCUGGCGUUCUAA